AUGCUGCCCCGGGCGCUGCUGCUCUCCUUCUGCACAGCAGCCCUGCAGCUGGUGAGCAGUAAGAGGGACUUGGUUCUGGUGAAGGAGGCGCUGAGCUGGUACGACGCCCAGCAGCACUGCCGGCUGCACUACACAGACCUCGCUGACCUGCAGCCAAGUGGCCUGUGGAAGCUCUACUCCCUCAUGACCAGCACCCCGGCUUGGAUUGGCCUCUUCUUCGACGCAAGCACUUCUGGCCUGAGAUGGUCCAGCGGCUCCACCUUCACAGCCCUGGAGUGGGGCCAGAAGCUACCCGAAUUUGGGUUGGGCUUCUGUGCCACGCUGUACACUUGGCUGAAAUUACCCAGCAUAGGGGCUUCCUCCUGCACAGCCCAGAAGCCCUUCCUCUGCUACUAUGACCCUGACGUCGGGCACCUCAUCUCCACGAAGCCCUCUCUCAGCCUGACCAUCUCUCCAAAGCCAGCUGUGGUCCAGAUCAGUGGUCAGACCUUCAUGUGAUUUGACCAAGUGAUGACAUGGUCCUCGGCCCUGCUGUACUGCCGCAGCCACCACACGGAUCUGGCCGACCUGCAGAUGGUGACGGAUGAGACAGGCAAGGAGGCCUUGAGAUCCAUCAUGAGUGAGACUGAAGCCUGGAUUGGCCUCUACCUCAAUGCAAACUCUGGAUCUCUGAGCUGGUCCAGUGACCUGGGGGCCAGCAUUCCCUCCUGGCUGCAGGUGCCGAUGAUGGUGAGAGGACUGUGCACAGCUCUUGGCAUCUAUAUGACCUACUCCCCAAAAGUGUACUCAGUGAACUGCUCUUCCCUGCUGCCCUUCAUCUGCUUCUAUGACCCCUCCACUGGACACCGGGCAUCAGCAGAGUUGCCUCCACUCUUCCACACUUCCCCCACAGAAAUGACAGAGGAAACAACUCCCAGGCCAGGCAGAGCUGUGGCCAGUGUAGGGAGUGGCACUGAUAGAAGACAUACAGCUGCUGCCACGGAGGCCCAACAUCUGAGUUCAGAAUCUAAAGAAAAAACAUCAGCACAAAAAUCAGGGCACCCUUUUGGAAUCCUGAAAGCAGACUUUACCAUCUCGACUCUGAUGGACCCAGAAGAGAUGAAAGACCAAUUUCUGAGACAGAUCCAGGAAGUCUUAAAGCUUACAUUAGGUCACGAACAAUUUAGACUGAAAUGGGUCAGCUUCGAAGUGAACAAAAAAUAGCACAAUUCUUGGAUAUGCAGUUUCUGUUUCAUGCAAUCUUCUCUGGAUUUUGAGUAAAUUUUAAUUUUUUAAUCCCUAGUAGAACAAGAUUAGGAAGAACUCGACAUGUGCCAAAAAGCACAGACCUACAACUAACACAAAACAAGACUACACAUGAAACCUGCAUCCCUGGAUUUUACAGAAUGAAACAGGGAUGCAGGAGAAGAUGGGUGUAUUUGGGAACAAUCAUGUUGGGAAUGACAAAUGAACUUCUAUUAAGAAAUUAAAAUAAAAAACCUGAACCAAACAUCAAAAAUCCUGAAAACAAACCCCAUUAAUCUAACUGGAAAAUUACAAGAGGAUGGUAGUGGUCUAGGAAGCUAAGUGGGGCUACAUUUCCUAAUAAACCAGAUGAAACUUUCUUUACCUGUCACAAGUUAUUAAAGAGAUUUCAAAUUCUGCAGAAUUCGAAAGUAACAGUUUUAUCACAAUACAUGCUAAUGCUAGUUAUUUUUCCUAAAUUGAAAUCUUAUUACAUGGAAGUUGGGAAAUUCUAAGACAGACUGUUCUUAAUGUUAAAAUAUAUUUUUAGAAGAAUAUUCCGGCAUACAUUUCCUUUCUUGUUUCUCUUCAAGUGUCCUAGUCACCCAGGUGCAUGCUAGAAGACAGCAAUAUGUCAAAUAUAGUAGCAGCUUUAGUCUGAAAUGUUUAAAGUUAAAGUUUAUUUGUAUUCUUUGUAGGAAUAUCAAUAAAAGACCUCAAACAUAUCUAUAUCUGUACAUGUACAAGAACCGUCAAAAAUUAUUCACAGAACAAAAAUAAAUCUUCUUUAGAAGAAACCCAGGUAAUGAAAUGCUGAUAUGGAUCUCACAUACGGAAUAAUCUAAAUGCUACUAGCACAAAAAUAUGGCUUUAAAAAUAAAAUAAAAUCUUGGGUUUUGUUUUUCUAA